AUGGAGUGGCUAUUUGGAAAGAAGGUGACGCCAGAAGAGCUUCUUCGUAAAAACCAAAGAGCUCUCAAUAAGGCUAUGCGAGAUCUAGAUAGAGAAAAGCAGAAGAUGGAACAGCAAGAAAAAAAAAUUAUAAAUGAUAUAAAAAAAUUGGCCAAGGAAGGGCAAAUGGAUGCAGUGAAGAUAAUGGCUAAAGACCUUGUUCGAACUCGUAGAUAUGUUAAGAAAUUCAUGUUGAUGAAAGCAAAUAUCCAAGCUGUAUCUCUCAAAAUACAAACACUGAGAUCUCAAAACACUAUGGCACAAGCAAUGAAAGGUGUUACAAAAGCCAUGGCAAGUAUGAAUAGGCAAUUAAAUCUUCCACAAAUUCAAAGAAUACUACAAGAGUUCGAGAAACAAUCGGAAAUCAUGGAUAUGAAGGAGGAAGUUAUGAAUGAUGCUAUUGAUGAUGCUAUGGAAGGUGAUGAUGAUGAGGAAGAAAGUGAUGCAGUUGUUAAUCAAGUGUUAGAUGAGUUGGGCCUUCAACUUGGAGAUACUCUCUCUGGUCUACCCCAAACAGGAGGGACUUUGCCAUCCAAUGCUCAGAAGCAACCCAUAGCACAACCUUCUGCUGCAGCAGCAGGUGGAAGUAAUGGUGGCAUGUCCGAUGCUGAUGCUGAUCUUCAGGCUAGAUUAGAUAAUCUGCGCAGAGAAUAG